AUGUCAGAGGAUAUAGACUUGAAUGGAGAUUCUGAGAGGAAGCAAGAUUUAAAGAGAAAGUCCAAAGAUGAAUCUGCCAAAACAAUACCCUUAUACAAACUUUUCUCAUUUGCGGAUUCUUUUGAUCAUUUAUUGAUGUUUGUGGGGACUGUGGGUGCUAUCACCAAUGGAAUCUCCCCUCCCUUGAUGACUUUGUUAUUUGGAAAUAUGAUCAAUGCAUUUGGAGGAACCAAAAACUCCAACGAAGUUGUUGUUGAAGUUUCCAAGGUGUCUUUGGAAAUUGUAUACUUGGCUGUGGGAACCUGUUUUGCAUCACUUUUGCAGUUAACAUGCUGGAUGAUCACUGGAGAGAGACAAGCUGCUAGAAUUAGAGGAUUAUACCUUCAAACUAUUUUGAGGCAAGAUGUCACCUUCUUUGACAAGGAAACUAGAACAGGAGAGGUUGUUGGAAGGAUGUCAGGUGAUACUGUUCUUAUUCAAGAUGCCAUGGGUGAAAAGGUAGGACAGUUCUUACAGUUAUUGGCAACUUCCGUUGGAGGUUUUGUAAUAGCAUUCAUCAGGGGAUGGCUUCUAACUGUUGUCAUGUUAUCUUGUAUUCCACUUAUUGUUUUGGCUGGCGCCAUGGUAAGCCUUGUUAUUGCAAAAGCAUCAUCCAGGGGACAAGAAGCUUAUUCCCUAGCUGCAACUGUAGUAGAGCAGACAAUAGGUUCUAUCCGAACCGUUGCAUCAUUCACUGGGGAGAAGCAAGCAAUAGAUAAAUAUAGUCAGUCCUUAAUCAAAGCUUACAGGGCUGGAGUGAAAGAGGCACUAGCUUCUGGUUUUGGGUUUGGUUCUCUCUCUUUUGUUUCUACCUGCAGUUAUGGUUUGGCAAUAUGGUUUGGUGCAAAAAUGAUAAUAGAAAAAGGAUAUACAGGAGGAGAGGUUGUGACAGUAAUGUUGGCUGUUUUGACUGGCUCUGCGUCUCUUGGGCAGGCAUCUCCAAGCUUGAGCGCUUUUGCUGCUGGAAAAGCUGCUGCCUUUAAGAUGUUUGAAACAAUUAAGAGGAAGCCAGAAAUCGAUGCUUAUGAUACAACUGGUCGGCAGCUUGAAGACAUCUGUGGACAUAUAGAACUAAGGGAGGUUUACUUUAGUUAUCCUACAAGACCAGACGAACUUAUAUUCAAUGGAUUCUCUCUUUCAGUACCAAGUGGCACUACGACAGCUUUGGUUGGAGAAAGUGGGAGUGGGAAAUCCACAGUUGUUAGUUUGAUAGAGAGAUUUUAUGAUCCACAGGCAGGUGAAGUUCUCAUUGACAGUAUCAACCUCAAAGAAUUUCAACUGAAAUGGAUCAGACAGAAAAUAGGCCUAGUUAGCCAGGAACCAGUUCUCUUUACCUGUAGUAUUAAAGAGAAUAUUGCCUAUGGCAAGGAUGAUGCAACUGUUGAAGAAAUCAGAGCAUCAGCAGAACUAGCUAAUGCUGCCAAAUUUAUAAAUAGACUUCCUCAGGGGCUGGACACAAUGGUUGGUGAGCAUGGAACUCAGCUUUCUGGGGGUCAAAAGCAAAGGGUUGCAAUAGCAAGAGCGAUUUUGAGAGACCCAAGAAUCUUACUUCUGGAUGAAGCUACAAGUUCACUUGAUGUUGAGUCUGAGAAAAUUGUACAGGAAGCACUGGACAGAAUGAUGAUAAACCGAACAACAGUCAUUGUAGCCCACCGUUUAAGUACCAUAAGGAAUGCUGAUAGCAUUGCUGUUAUUCAUCAAGGAAAAAUAGUUGAAAAAGGUUCACAUGCCGAACUCACCAAUGAUCUCAGUGGAGUCUAUAGCCAGCUCAUUAGACUGCAGGAAAUUAAAGGGUCAGAACAAAAUGCUUCAUAUGACACAGACAAGAUAGAAAGUCCAGUGCUUUCUGGUAGACAAUUAAGUCAAAGAUCUUCCUUACGAUCUAUAAGCCAAAGGUCAGCAGGAGUUGGAAGCAGUGGUUGCAACUCUUUCUCCGAAUCACAUGUUCCCCCAACGAUUAGCUUGGAUCCUGCAGGCAGAGGAUCUCAAGCACUUCCUGCAACAAUUUCUUCACCACCGCAAGUGCCACUCUCUCGCCUGGCAUAUUUAAACAAGUCCGAGAUUCCAGUGUUGUUUAUAGGGACUCUAGCUGCAGUAGUAAGUGGAUUAUUAAUACCAAUUAUUGCACUCUUCGUUUCCAAAAUGAUAAGUAUUUUCUAUGAGCCAGUUGAUGAACUUCGGAAAGAUUCAAAGCUUUGGGCAUUACUAUUUGUUGCAAUUGGUGCGGUAUCAUUUAUCACAGCUCCUUGUAGAUUCUACUUUUUUGGUGUUGCCGGCGGUAAGUUGAUCAAAAGGAUUCGGAAAAUGUGUUUUGAGAAAGUUGUUCACAUGGAAGUUAGCUGGUUCGAUGAAGCUGAACAUUCAAGUGGAGCAAUUGGAGCAAGGCUCUCUUCUGAUGCAGCUGCUGUUCGAGCUUUGGUUGGGGAUGCACUUGGUUUGCUGGUUCAAAAUGUUGCUACAGUUGUGGGCUGUUUGGUAAUUGCGUUUGAAGCAAGCUGGCAGCUUGCUCUUAUAGUGCUUGCUUUGGCACCGUUAUUAGGACUAAAUGGCUACGUGCAAUUCAAGUUCAUAAGAGGAUUCAGCGCAGACGCAAAGAAACUGUACGAGGAAGCAAGUCAAGUCGCAAGUGAUGCUGUAGGGAGUAUAAGAACUGUUGCCUCUUUCUGUGCUGAAAAGAAGGUGAUGGAAUUGUACCAGAAAAAGUGUGAAGGACCAAUUAAAACAGGCAUAAGGCGAGGGAUAAUAAGUGGAAUUGGUUAUGGGAUAUCAUUCUUCAUGCUUUACACAGUUUAUGCAUGCAGUUUUUAUGCUGGAGCUCGACUUGUAAAGGAUGGAAAAUCAACAUUCUCAGAUGUUUUCCGUGUCCUUUUUGCACUCAGCAUGGCAGCUAUGGGAAUCUCUCAAUCUGGCUCUUUGGUCCUUGAUUCUGCUAAAUCAAAAAGUGCUGCCGCUUCUGUAUUUGCUAUUCUUGAUCGAAAGUCACAAAUUGACCCAAGUGAUGACUCUGGAUUGACGUUGGAAGAAGUGCAGGGAGAGAUUGAAUUUAAAAAUGUUAGUUUCAAGUAUCCUACCAGACCUGAUGUUCAAAUAUUCAGAGAUCUUUGCUUGACUAUUCAUAGUGGCAAGGUAACUCUUAACUGUACAUCAAUUCUGAUAAAUUAG